AUGCAUCUGUCGCGCUGGUAUCUCGCAACACUGCCGCUGGCGUCCUUGGCGGCUGGACAGACACAGACAUGCUACUGGCCGAGUGGUUCGUCGGCACCUCUACUGCAGGCUUGUUCGGUGGCCUCGGGCAACGAAGCUGCCGCAUGCUGUUUCAAUAACCAUUACUGCAUGACCAACGGACUUUGUCUGUCGCCAACCGAAGGCACUUGGUACCGGGGUGGAUGCACGGACAAAGACUUCCAGCAGACGGGAUGUCCGAAAUACUGCGAUACAAGUAGUAUUGUGGGCGCAACGCCGAAUCGUCAUGCGGCAGUGUGGGCAUGCGCUUCGAAAGUCUUCGCCUGUACCAGUCUCGAUAACUGCUCGAAGCAGAACUUCACUGUAGGAGCAUACAGAGCGGUGAUGAAUGUGGCCCUUUCGACGGACCUCGCCGACAGCGCAACGACGGCUACAGCGUCAGCGUCUGUGACCAGCGGAAGCGCAGGAGCCUCAGAGACUACCUCGAGUGAUGCGACCAGUUCGACAUGUCCGGCUGUAGAGAACGGAAUCUCAACAGGUGCAGCAGCCGGAAUCGGGGUGGGUGUUGGUCUGCCGUUGGCUAUCGCGGUUGGCGCGCUGACCUUCAUGCUCAUGCGCGAGAAGAAGAGGUCAAGGGCGGCGCAGGCGAGUUAUCAGCAGCCUGGAUACGGCCAACAGCCGGUAUUCAGUCAGCAGCCCUACACGAGCACGCCGUCGCACUGGGGUAAGCCGGAGGGUCAUUAUGUCCCCAACGAGGUCUCGGGACACGCAGCGACACAUGAGCUGGCGGAUACCCCAGGCAGGCACGAGCUUGGCCAUUGA